AUGGGCAAUUUCGGAAGUAGCGACGGACAGCUCCUCAAGAGCGGCAAGUUUUCCGACUGCAAGGUCCAGUGUGAGGGCAAAACAUGGAACUGCCACGAGUCUAUCUUGUGCACGCGCUCGGACUACUUUCUGAAGAACCUUGGAGAAGACUGGCCGUCUGGCAAGACUGGUGUUAGUGAGAUUACCUGCUUCACCGCUGAGCAGAUGGAUUGGACCAUCUCCUAUAUCUAUACUGGUGAAUUCGACUUUCAUAGCGCCGAGAAAAACAAGACCAUUCUUAACUCCGCUGUCCAGCUCUGGACUCUGGGCGACUACCUCCUGGUGCCGAACAUCUGCUCCGACGUCGAGUCGAAGUUUGACGACUUGAAAAACCGCACACCCAAAGCUUUCUACCCCAAUCCCCAGGAUUGGCUCAAUGCCGGCCGUGUUUUCUACGUCGAUUACCAAGACAUGGACAGCACCCACCCCCUCAAGGCCAAGUUCCUUGACCUUACGCUCGGCAAGGCAUGGGCUAGAACGCACAAUCUUCAGAUGCCCGAGUUCAAGAUCCUGUGCCAGGAGCACCCCAACUUUGGCAAUGAUUGCAUGAUGAAGCUCAUUGACGAUCGUACCCACACUCUUAUUUAGUUUGAGGUCACUUGGCGCCUUGUAGAGGAGUUCCUCGGUCAUUCUCCCAGGUGGUUUCGGAGCUGAAUGAGGGGGGUAGGAUGGACCGUUUACAAGACUAGCAUAGAGGCGAGGAAUUCAUCACCAGAAAAAGCUCAAGGGC